CACAGACAGUAGGCUAAUAGCCGUUGUUUACUUAUAAACGCUGCCAAAACUUAGUGGUGAAAGUUAAUCGAUAUUUUAUGUUUUCCCCUGUGAGAUAAAAAGAAGGCGUCUAUUUGAGGUUUGGUGUGUUCUAUAAACUUAUGGAUUUAGCGAGAAAAACGCCAUCCAAUCACGGCGCCUCAUAGUGACUCAACAAAACCGUCUCAUCCAAUCACAGCACGGCUUGUUUUGACGUGCUUCAUUUUCCUCAGAGAAACCGGAAGCUUGCAGUCGUUUGUGCUCCCUAACGGCCCACGUUGCCACACGCACUCUCCAUCAUCAUCGCUGCCUCCAGGCUGACACGCUGCGUGGCCGCGCUGACGAGGAGGACAUUACCGGCGACAGCGAGCUUUCCGCUUGUUUACGCCUGCCGCUUGCUGUCGGCCCACGGUGACAAAGUCCCCAGGAUGCCCCAGACGUUCAAGUCCAGAAACGCCCCGGCGUCAGACUCUCCACGUUCAGCCGGGAAUCCGGAACCAGAGGGGUGCAGACAUGUGGCAGACCCUGGACUAGGAGGAGGAGGAGGGGUCGAAGACAACCAAGGAGACAGUGAGAUCAUUAAAUCUCCAAGUGAUACUAAACAAUACAGGUACAUUGUGCUGGACAACGGUCUCCGAGCGCUCCUCAUCUCGGACUACAGAGGCUUGGCGGGAUCAGAGGAGGAGGAGGAGGAGGAGGAGAGUGAAGGGGAGGAGGAGGAGGAGGGGGAAGAAUAUGACUCCGGCGACGAAACGGAGGAGGACUCUGAUGAGGGCAGCGACGAUGAGGAUGACGACGGGGAGGGGAAGAAGAGUAGAGGACAUGCAGACAAGCAGUGUGCGGCAGCAUUGUGUGUCGGAGUGGGCAGCUUCAGUGACCCCAGUGACCUUCCCGGCCUUGCCCACUUUCUAGAACACAUGGUGUUCAUGGGCAGCAAGAAGUACCCCUCGGAAAACGGCUUCAAUACCUUCCUCAAGAAGCACGGCGGAAGCGACAACGCCUCCACUGACUGCGAGAGGACCGUCUUCCAGUUUGACGUGCAGAGGAAAGGCUUCAAAGAGGCGCUCGACAGAUGGGCUCAGUUCUUCAUCUGCCCCCUGAUGAUCCGUGACGCCAUCGACAGGGAGGUAGAGGCCGUUGACAGCGAGUACCAGCUGGCUAAGCCGUCAGACUCCCACAGGAAGGAGAUGCUGUUCGGCAGUCUGGCCAAAGCGGGACACCCCAUGGGCAAGUUCUGCUGGGGGAACGCGCAGACUCUGAAGCAGGAGCCCAAGAGGAAGAAGAUCAGCGUCUACAAACGGCUGCGCGCAUUCUGGAAGAAACACUACUCCGCCCAUUACAUGACCCUGGCUGUGCAGAGUAAAGAGAAACUGGACACGCUGGAGGAGUGGGUUCGAGAGAUCUUCAGCAAGGUGCCCAACAAUGGCUUUCCCAAGCCGGACUUCUCCGACAUGCUGGAUCCCUUUGACACCCCGGCCUUCAACAAGCUAUAUAGAGUCGUUCCUGUGCGCAAAGUUCACGCUUUGAAUAUCACCUGGGCCCUCCCGCCUCAAGAGAAGCACUACAGAGUGAAGCCUCUUCACUACAUGUCGUGGCUGAUUGGCCACGAAGGCACAGGAAGCAUCCUCUCGGUGCUCAGGAGGAAGUGCUGGGCCCUCGCUCUGUUUGGCGGCAACAGCGAAACCGGCUUUGACCAGAACGCCACCUACUCCAUCUUCUCAAUCUCCAUCACUCUUACUGAUGAAGGUUUUCAAAACUUCUACCAGGUGACACACCUGGUGUUCCAGUACUUGAAGAUGCUGCAGAACUUCGGACCUCAGCAAAGGAUAUAUGAAGAGAUUCAAAGGAUUGAGGCCAAUGAGUUCCGUUACCAGGAGGAGACUGACCCUAUAGAAUACGUGGAGGACAUCUGUGAGAACAUGCAGCUGUUCCCCAAAGAGGACUUUCUGACAGGCGACCAGCUGAUGUUUGAGUUUAGUCCAGAGGUGAUUGGUGCAGCACUGUCCCUGCUCACCCCCGAGAAAGCCAACCUGAUGCUGUUGUCACCAGAACAUGAGGGCCAGUGUCCCCUCAGGGAGAAGUGGUUUGGAACACAAUACAGCGUGGAAGACAUCCAGGCAGAGUGGAUGGUGCGCUGGAUGGGAGAUUUGGAGCUGAACAGCGAGCUUCACCUUCCGGAAGAAAACAAGUUCAUUGCCACUGAAUUCACCCUGAAGCCCUCUGACUGCCCCGACACAGACUUCCCAGUGCGGAUCGCAGACAGCGACAGAGGCUGCUUGUGGUAUAAGAAGGACAACAAAUUCAAAACGCCAAAAGCCUACAUCAGAUUCCACCUCAUCUCUCCUGUAAUCCAGCAGUCUGCCAAGAACGUGGUUCUGUUUGACCUGCUGGUCAACAUCUUGAGCCACAAUCUGGCCGAGCCCGCCUACGAGGCCGAGGUGGCCCAGCUGGACUAUAAACUGGUUGCCGGCGAGCACGGGCUGGGGAUCAGGGUCAAAGGAUUUGAUCACAAACUCCCCCUGCUCUUCCACCUGAUCGUCGAUCACCUGGCUGAUUUCAACGCUCCGCCGGACGUCUUUAGCAUGUUUGCAGAGCAGCUCAAGAAGGCAUACUUCAACAUCCUCAUCAAGCCGGACAAGCUGGGCAAGGACGUGCGCCUGUUGAUCCUGGAGCACUCCAGGUGGUCCAUGGUGGAGAAGUAUCAGGCGCUCAUUGCCGGUCCAACCAGCAAGGAGCUGAUGGACUUUAGCCGCAGGUUCAAGGCCGAGCUGUACGCAGAGGGGCUGGUGCAGGGCAACUUAAGCAGCGCUGAGUCAUUGGGUUUCCUGCAGUACAUGACAGACAAGUUGCAGUUUUCCAAGCUGCCAGUAGAGGUGCCGGUGAUGUUCAGAGUGGUGGAACUCCCGCCUCAGCACCACAUCUGUAAAGUCAAGUCACUGAGCAAAGGAGAUGCGAACUCUGAGGUCACAGUUUACUACCAGUCUGGACCUAAAGCCUUGAGGGAGCAUACGCUGGUGGAACUCUUAGUGAUGCACAUGGAGGAGCCUUGUUUUGACUUCCUCCGCACCAAAGAGACUCUAGGAUACCACGUCUACCCGACCUGCAGAAACACCUCGGGUGUUCUGGGUUUCUCGGUCACCGUGGAGACGCAGGCCUCCAAGUUCAAUACAGAGCUGGUUGAGCUGAAAAUUGAAGAGUUCCUGACUUUAUUUGGGGAGACGCUCAGUGCGCUGACCGAUGACGCCUUUCGCACCCAGGUUACUGCUCUCGUGAAGCUCAAAGAGUGUGAGGACACACACCUUGGCGAGGAGGUGGACAGGAACUGGAGUGAGGUGGUGACACAGCAGUAUGUGUUUGACCGACUGAACAGAGAGGUGGAGGCUCUGAAGCAGAUGAGCCAUGACGAGCUGCUCUCCUGGUUCCAGGAGCACCGAGGAGCCAACAGUCGCCAACUCAGCGUUCACGUGGUGGGAUUCGGCGCCGAGGAGAACGACGAGGAGGUUUCCGCCGGCGACAACCAGGAAGAGGGCCAAGGGGAGGGGCCGAGCGGCUCCGCCUACGGGGAGGUGUCCAAACUGACCUUCCUCCAGCCCACGCCCAAGAUGGCGGGCGCCACAGCCAUCAUGGACAUCCCUGCUUUCAUCAGAGAGCUCCCUCUUUUCCCCUAUCAUAAAAUACUCGACUGAGACGUCAGCGCUCUUCUUGGAGAGAAAAAAAGAGUAAGGUGAGAACUGCUGAAGAGCCCUGAAGUUAGAGACCGAUGUGAU